GGAUGGUGGAAGAUGCUGUGGUGAAGAUGACGAUAGAGUCAACCAGCCAACUGAAGGAGGAACGAGGAGUGCAUAAGAGGAUGCUGUGAUGAGCAUGGAGAGAAGCGGCGCGUUGUUUCGACCAACAUCUGAUCUGACUUCGACAUUUUGAACUGUUUAUGUCCAAUGUUGGUGUAUCCUUCUAUCUUUGAUCCAGUUAUUUGCGUUUCUGUGUUGAGCUUCGUGAGUUUAUCUUGCUUAAUGGCAUAUUGUCCGUGUAUUUCUCGUUUCACAAUAUCAAGCGCAUUUUUUUAUGUCUUCUUUCGUGUUGUCUGGAGGUGGGAGGGCACAGCAAUGCCUGCAAUUGCUCACUUAUUCCCAUUCAUGUAUCUUCGCAGAUUGUUGCAAUACUGGAAAUGUUUGAGAGCAGGAUGUAGAAUCAGCUGUGAGGGUUCGAGGGCAGGACAAAACGCAUUUUGGCCUGUAUUUAUUGUAGUCUCCCCUCUGCUUGGAUGUUUUCACGAGAAACAUGGUGUAUUGUGUGCUCUAGAUCAGUCAAGGUGUGCAUUGUGGAAUGCUUUGGAUGUUUUCCCGCUCCCUCCUGCCCUUCGCUCGUUUCUUUCUUCUAUUGUCAGUGCUCACUAAGGCAGCAGCCCGUGGCAGAACCGAGAAAAUGGUGAACUUUCCGAAGGAAUUGAAGUCUUAUUGUAAGCACAAGGACUGCAAGAACCAUCAGAAGUGGAAGGUUACCCAGUACAAGAAGGGCAAGGACUCUCUCUAUGCCCAGGGAAAGCGUCGUUACGAUCGCAAGCAGUCAGGUUUCGGUGGUCAGACUAAGCCCGUGUUCCACAAGAAAGCCAAGGUUACCAAGAAGAUCACUCUCAAGAUGAAGUGCGAGAAGUGCUCCAUGCUCAAGAUGAAGAACAUCGGCCGCUGCAAGCACUUCGAGCUCGGAGCUGAGAAGAAGAAGAAGGGUCCCACCAUCCACGGAAGAUAGAUGUCUUUUUUGUUCGUUCGUAAGACCUUUGCCAAAAACGA